AUGUUUCUCCUAUCAUGGCACACAAAGCUCCUUCUACUGUGUAUCUGCAUCACGCAAAUAACUGCAAAAACCACUCCGCCGCCAAAUCAUGAUUUCAAGAAAAUCCCAGAUGAUGUUCAUUCGGGUACUCCAUUUCCAACUGCUACUGAACCUGCAGAAGAACUUGGCACUGACAAUGCAGAUAUUUCGUCUGAAAGCUCCACAUUAAAGUCAACAUCUCUACGUUUUUUCGACACCUUUCCAACCCUGUCCCCUUUUGAAGAAAAUGAAGAAAAUUUUACUCUCGAUUCAAGCGAGUUCUUUUUUAACUGUUGUGAUUGCUGCCCCCCUGUUCCUGGGCCAAAGGGUGCGUCAGGAGCCAGAGGCCAAGCAGGGCCCAGAGGUGAAAAAGGUGAACAGGGCAUAAGAGGUCCACCAGGACUUGCAGGGCCAAUUGGUAUAAAGGGCGCCACUGCAGAAAGAGGUGAAAAAGGGGAUCGUGGAGUGGAUGGAUUCGAUGGACUUCCAGGGUUUAUUGGAAAGCCAGGGAAAAAGGUAGAGUGUGAUCAGGGAGAAAAAGGAGAUAAAGGAAAUAUUGGUUUUCCGGGAUUUAAAGGGGAUAAGGGGGAUAAAGGAGGUCCUUGUGAGAACGGUACCAAAGGAGACAAAGGAGACCAGGGGGAUGUGGGAAAAAUUGGUUUAACUGGAGAAAAAGGGGAGAAAGGACAGGAAGGGGCUCCAGGUGAAAAAGGAGAAAAGGGAAGUCUGGGGGAUGCUGGGGCUGAUGGAACUGAUGGAGUGAAAGGAGACAAAGGCGAUGAAGGAGCCAAAGGAGACAAGGGUGACCGAGGGAUACAAGGGCCAGCUGGGUUACUGGGACAAAAAGGAAGAACUGGUGCCAAAGGUGUCCGUGGGCCUAGAGGUGGCCGUGGAGUAAAAGGUGUAAAAGGAUCCAAAGGUGAAGAUGCAAAGAGUAGCCCAUCUGCAUUCAGUGUUGGGUUACAACCUGGGAAAUCCUUCCCUGCAAUUGGCACUCCAAUAAAAUUUGAGAAGAUUUUCUACAAUGAACAGGACAGUUAUAAUCCUUCAACCGGGAAAUUUACCUGCACCAUGGAAGGUGUUUAUCUGUUUGCGUACCAUUUGACUGUCAGAAGCAGACCCAUAAGAAUUAGUUUGAUAAAAAAUGGUGUUCGGAUCCUGAAGAGUAGAGAUUCAAUAUUUGGUCAAGACAUAGAUCAGGCGUCUGGCAUGAUUAUUGUUAGAUUAAACGCCAAUGACCAACUGUGGUUGGAGAUUAAUCGAGACUGGAAUGGAGUUUAUGCUAGCAACGAUGAUGACAGCACAUUUACAGGGUUUCUUCUGUUUCCAAAUUAA